AUUGAUUGAUGAAGGCUGUAGAUCUCUGCGUUCCCAGCGCGCGCGCGCGCCGUCAGCGAGCGUUUAGCCCGCACCUAUGAGCCAUCACCGACGCAGAGACAACAAGCCUCCAUAGAACGCAAGCAACGCGCAGUUCGGGGUUCUUCUUUCAGUGCAGUGCGUGCGGACGUGCGGUCGACACGCGCAUAGAGGACGGCCAUGGUUGACAUGCUGGCCCCGGGCUGAUGCGCGCGAGUCAACGGGGGAGCAACACGUAUAUGAACAAAACGCAUGCAACACACAUUGCGGUAAAACUAGAAGCAAGCUAGGGUAGUGAAGUCAGUGACAUGGGUCGUCUCAAUUCUCUGCGAGGGUGGAUCGCUACCACGCUUGGCAGACGCAAGAAGCAGCGAUCGCUCGUUGCGUCACCUAGUGGUAAUAACAAGAAAGCCGCCGAGAGCCAACGCUUUACACCCGACGGGCUGUACGAUCUGAGCGGGAUCGAAGGCAAGAAAUAUCAAAAAUGCGUUCGCUGCCAUGGAGUGAGUGCGCUGUGGGUAAAUGGAGUGUUAGCGCUGACAAAUGACAGACGAGGCAAGCCGUGUGCAUGCAUCGUCGCGCAAGCACACAGCAUCGAUGCCGUGUACGCUGACAACACUAACGACGCCGGCUACGUCUCCAAGGAUGAUAACACCGACGGCGAGGACUUGAACGCUGCCGAAGUGAAGCGAAUCGCCGAGACAGGCCGACGAAGCAUGAUUAAGACCAACCCGUGGAUCGGUCCGCAGACGCACCAGCUCGCGCCGCCAGCAUCGCCGGCGAUCGACUCCGAUGGCGCGCAUGGCGACUGGAACGCAGAGCAGAUGUCGGACGUGAGCUCGUCGGAUUCGGAAGACGACGACGGCGAGGACGCCUACCUUGGCGAUAGCAGCUCGGUGACGUCAACGGAAUCGGACGGCGAGUUGAACGUGAAGGAUCGGCGGUCAGGCGCCGCCAAGAACAAGAGAAAGAGCAGCGACGCGUCUUCGCAGAACUCCGCCGAUGGCGCUGCCGGCGAUAAGUCGGCCGCGCCCGAGGAUUUCGACCUUUCUAUGAACGAUUCCGGAUUCGAGAGCAACACCUGCACGCAGCAGUCGGGCACCGAGCCCGGAACACCGGUAGACAACUGCAGCUUGGGAAGCGCCCAGGCUCAGACGCCCACCGGCGAGACGGCAACGUUGGAACUGGAGGGCACGCAUCGCCCGCAGAGCGAGAAGUUCACGCAGAACGAGAAUCUACGCGAGGACUUCGCCGCCGAGUCGCUGUACACGCAGGCCAGCACGCUGCAGCUCCCCAGGGGGCGCCUGUCGCUUCCGAGCAGUACGCUACAGCUAUACUCGGCGCGCCAGUACGCCGGCUCGUCACGAUCGGUGUGGCGAUGCGCCAGCACCUCCGGGCCCGUCUACCAGAGCAACUCAUCGCUGGCGAGCAAGGAAAGCCUCCGACGCGAGAUGCGUCUCCAGGAGGAUCUCGAGGAGAAGGUGAGGAAUCUGAGCGACGUGCAGCGGCUCCUGGAGCUGCAGUUGAAGACGAACAGCCUGAAGGCGGUCAGUCAACCGGCGAUGGACUAUCACAUGGCAGCGGACCGGCACCAUCAGCCGUCAUUCGACCGACACCGGCAGUGGAAGGACGACAUCAUCCAGUUCCGCUGUCAGCUGAUGCUGUACCGGAAACAGCGACUGCUCAUGACCCUACAGUGUCUACGAGACCAGCUGGACAGAGAGACGAAGCGGCUCGAGCAGAGCUACAUGAACUCGGUGUUCCUACAGGACCAAUGGUGGCAAGCGUUACACACCGCCAGAGAGUCUCUCGUGUAGCGUAACAUAUCACCGACACGAAACUGAUAUCAUGAGCCGGUGAGCACGCUGACGCCAUAGCUAUAUGUAUAGCCACCAUCAACGUAAAUACUCAGUAGAAUUUGACGCCAGUAUUGCCCAACGAUGGAGUCAUGGAAGCCACGGCUCCAUGCGCUGCGUCGCUAGGCGAGAGUCUUUAUCUGAAUUGAUUUGCAGGUUCAUUCGCUAGCGGCGCUAAUAUCCAUCUUUUAACGCUCGCGCCUGUGUUUCAUUUUCGCGAUAAAGAGUCCCUAAAGCAUAUAUAUAUAUGUGUGUGUAUGCAGGUUUACAUAGUAUCGCAAAUAUAUGCAUGCGCACACGCGAGGGCAGAUUUAUAGUAUAAAAGCUACCCUCGUGUGCAUAAGCGUAGCUGUUGCAUAUAGUAUGUGACUUAUUAGAACCUCCAUUCACAUUUACUUUGCCAUUACUAAAGCACACAGAGAGAAUCAAGCAGUGAGCUGCAAAACCAACACAUGCAUUCGCUGGUACACGGGCUGCUCGUCGGCGGCUGUGUGUGUGAUAUAAAGGACGCCAUGGACCGUUCUCUACUCCUAUUCUCCUCUUACAGCUCUUCCAAUCUCCUCUCCUCAUCUAUAUACCAUUCUUCCGAAUACGACUCUACACAUCUCAUUUCUCUCACUCUGUUAACCUAGUUUAACCUCGUUUCACAUACUUCCCAGCCUUCUACGAUUUAACUAUCUCUGUCGUUCUGCUUAUCCACUUUCUCUUAUGAUAGCUUUCUCGUGUCUCUCAUUAGCCUCUUCUGGUCUCCCCCCCCCCAUGUAUCAUGCGAUGCCACUGCUGAAUCACUCGUUUAACAGCAAUAUUUGCUGUGACUAUUGGUAUUUCCUUCAUUAUUUCGCUAACGCUGUCAUUGGGUGCGUACGGCUACGAAAACAACGAGAGCGAUCUAUUGCACGUUCGUGUGUGAUUGAUUAUACGUAUUUUGACGUGGUCUACUUGUAUUGGCCGCAAAUGUUUUUGUGACUGAAUUAUCGGAUGUCAUAUUGCUGUAUGUAUAGUGUAGGCGGGCAUGGCAAUGUUCGUAAACGCGAUUUAGUUUCGCAAGCUGUAGCCCGUCGCAGAGUAUGAAUAAUGUAUUCGUAAUUUUUUGUGGUACUCGAGUUCAUGUUGAACCGAUGUAAUAAGAUUUUUCUCCGUCGCAUCAACCUACGCGGCAGUUGUGUAAAAAAAAUAUGUAAAAACAAAGGCGGCCAUUUGUUUGGCAUGUAGAUCUUUCGCGGAACAGCUACCAUCAAUAUAGAAAUAUAAAAUAUAGAGAUUUUCUGAUUGGAUCGAGCAAACAUGGGUUGUCGACAUGUACGCAAUCCAGCAAGUCAUGCACGAUAUACAGUGGCCCUAGUUCGAGUCACACAAUUAUUGUAUAAAAUCCCAUAAGUGGUUGGUACCGAGUCCCCAUUCACUGCUGAAUCGUGAAAAUUACAACAAAUCUCUGGAUGGGCUUUAUUAUAUUACUGCUCAGCGUAAUCAAAAUGUGAUGACGCAUGUAGGCAGACAAUUACGAUGUGAAUGUCAACGAACGGGAGUUGCUACGUGGUGACACAGUUUAGUUGGACCCGAACAUAACAACAAAUUUUAGCAAUCAUUUCCGAUAACCGUUGGGAAAUCAGUAUACACGUUGCAUUAAGGUACGCCACUGCAUAGUUAACUGUAUUAGUCUGCUUAUAAGCCCAAGCACUGAGCAGAGAUCCAUAGCCAGGACUCGCAUCUAAUGUGUAGGGGCCUCCGUGUGGGUGUGAUCUUGUAUGUCUAUGUUAAAAUGUCCACAAUAGGCAUUUGCAAUCUUAUCAGGCUUGUUAUUGUUGGAUGUCGCUGCUGUAAAGAGUCGACAUUUCGUAUAGAUCCGCGCGACACCGUUGUUCGCUUGUAUACGUGGCGACGCUGGGAUUAGCUAACCUCAUCGAUUUGGAGGCAACAAAACUAUCCCGGCGUAAAUAAUUAGCAACAUAUUGCUUCACCUGAUUUUAACCACAGAAAAACGUUGUCAAUAACACUUGGAAUUAUGUUAAACAACUCCGAGCAGUAAAACAAGUGGCCAAUCGAUCAUGCAAUUACGCCAUGCACAGAUGCUGCCUGUAUAAAUCUAUUCGCUGUAUGUUGCAUAUACAAAGAUGGGCUUACAUUUUGGCGGUGCUUCGCAAGUAGAGAAGCCCAGGCUAAUUGUAAAAUGUGUUUUAGUGCCUCCUUAAUGUUUCAUUAAAACAUUUGCGCUAUUUAAUUUAGUCGCGUUAUAUUUAGAGACACCGUAUCUCGGUACAAGCGCUAUCACGCUGCUUAAGAGAAAUGUACUGCGUGGUGCGAUCGAUUUUUCCUAAAAAUGCUAUCUGACCGUAUAAGCGCAUGUAGUGAUGUUAAAUUGAAGGAAGAGAAAAGAAACUGUGCCCUGCUGGGUAUUUAGAACAAAAUAAAAAUCAUGGAAACCAAA